CCGAACCCCAAGUGUUCGCCGAAAGCCAUGUUUGUCUCGAAGACUAUUAAAUUGAGCGCUGAUUGCGACCAAAGACUGCAAUACAGCGACCCCUGGAAUGCUCUCUCGAGGGACGCGUUCGGCGCUUACGACCCCUCCUUCGACCGCACCACUACUGUCGCCCUCUUCAACAUGAAGAUGACUCAAUUGGAUCAACUCAUUGUCCAACAGAGGAGAGCGCGCGCCCUUCUCAAGGACCAAUUGGCGGCCAUUGAAUGCAAAUAUAACGCCAUUUGCGGCGAAUUGGAGGCCGAGCGCCACCUCAGAGCCGCCGACGCCAAGUGUUCGGCCGCACAGACGGCCGACGACGACGACAGUGAUGUGAAGAGUGUUUCGCGGACUCUGGAGGAGGAGAGGAGUCGCGAGAAGCAGAUUGUGUUGUGUUUGUUAUCCGAAAGAAAACAAUUGAUUGUAAAACUCAUAGAAGAGCGACAACGAAAUGAAGAGCUCUUAUCGGUGUUAUCGGCAGAGAAGGCCCGCAUCGCAGAUAUGGUCGAAGGCCUGGAAGACGAGUCGAAACGUUCGCUGCAAAUGGAGGCCGAGCUCGAGAAGUACUUGACUGACUUCGAGGGCGAGCGCCAGAAGUUUAGGAACCAAUUGUCAGCGUCGGAGACGCGGAACGCCGAGUUGGCCGCAGAGGUGGACCGACUUCGGCAGCAACUGAGUGGCGGCAAGAGUGCGACGACCGUCAGUCUUGGCGAAGGCGUGCGGUCGGCGAUCGUGACAAUGAGUUCGGCGACGCGUUGCGCGCCGUCUGUGCCGUCGGUGUCGACAGUGAGUCAGCCGAAGGCGAGUGUCGCCCAAGCGGUCACUUCCGGCGACUCUCAGCACUCGUACGCAACCGUCUCUUCCGUCAAAAUGAAUGCAACAAUACCUCCGCCGCCGACCACUCGGGCCCCGCCUCCCAAAGCGCUCACCAAUAGCUCCAACGCCAACGCCUUUCAGAACAUGACGUAUAACUUGGAGGCGACGACACCUCCGACGACCACUUCCUCCACCACCACCACCACCACCAACAACAACAAGACGGGCGCCGCGCCGGCCCGCAAACUGUCGGCGAGUGGCGCCGGGAGGGGAACUCCCCCUCCAAUCCCGCCGAAUAAGCCCGCCAUCAAACCAGUUCUUCCGCCACAGGCUCUUCUCGACCGCAACAAAGAGCUGAACUCAACGAAAGUGAACGCAAAGAGCGCUGCGAUGACGGCGGCGACGAACCUGAAGAGCACAACCAUUGGCGGCAAUGAGAGCACAGGUGAGCAAAGAGCGGACGACCGAGACGUCGAUCUGUUGUGUCAGGAAUUAGAGAAUUUCAAUUCACUGCUCGUUUCGAUGGUUUCGACGACCGCUUCUCACACGACAUGAAUUAAUGACCGAAAUCUCAGUUUUGUUGCUAUUAUUUAUGGCAUGUUUUCAUGCAUUCUUGUUAUAUCUCUCAGACAUUGACUCGUUUUACAGUAAUUAUUGUUUUAAAGUAUUUUGAUAUUUAUUUACGCCUUUGAAUGAAUGAAUGAUUCACUGAUUAUAUCUUUACUUAAUCUCACUUUUAAUCCGUUUUUGUUUUAUUUAUUUUUGCACUUCUUUUCUAUUGUCCAAUAAACCACUCAAACAAUGACUCAAAUACUCAAUUGAUUGGCCGCUUAUUCUGUCAUUUGCUCUCUUCCUCUGCUUCUCAUUAGGUCGACAUCAAGAAGUGUUAUAACUUCCACUCGUUUUAUGCCAUAAUUAUUGUCGUUUCAAAUGGUGUUUCGCACAAUUAGAUCAGAAAAACUCAUUUCUCGCAAACAUCUGGUCAUUCAAUACUCGAUAUUCUGCUCUCUUUCGCUGUAAAUACUCUCCAAUUGAUCGGAACUUUAAUUUAAUAGUUGUUAGGAAUCGCGAAAGCAUUUCAAUUACAGUAAUAACACACAAAGACUGCCGAAUAGGACAUGAAUUUCAAUGUAAAUACCGUACGAAUAAAGUGUGAAAUCAAUCGAAAGUUGUAUCGAUUGUCGACUGAAAGCAAUAAAAUUGAAAUUAAUUGUAAACCAA